AUGUCCGAGAGCAAGGCCGCCGCUGUGGCCCUGAAGGCUGCCGUCGAGAAAGUCCAGCCCGAGGUGGACGCCGUCAAGAGGAAGCAUCAAGAUGAGGCCAAGCAGGCUGAGGAGAAGCUUCGCGAAGAAAGGAAGCAGAAGCACGAGCAAACAGUCGCGCUUCACAAGAUUGCCAUCAGCACACAGAUUGAGAAGGAGCGAUUGGAGGCUGGCCUUGUGGACAAGAGUAGGCCAAAGGUUGCCUGCUACAAGAAAGUCUUCGCGAACGUGAAGGAACUCCAGCAGGAGCUCAAGGAUCUGGAGGUCAGCGGGACUGCCAACCGGAAGAGUCAGGGCAUCCUGCAGCACACGCUGCGAGCCCUGGAGUCCCGGGCGGCCAAGGCAGAGAGUGACGCCAAAGGGAAGGUGCUCUUCGGUGAGGAGGAGCAAGACGUGAAGGACUUCAAACCGAGCUCUCAGGUGCUCAAAAAGCAAGAGAAGAGCGUGGAGCAAGAGGAGCAGUUCCAAGUCCAGCUCGAGUCCGAGGUGCAAAGCCUGCGCGCGGACUUAGAAGCGAAAGCCAGCCGCGAGGCCGGCAGCCUCGGCGCCCAGCUGCGCCGGGAGGCAGAGGAGGUUGGCCAGGCGGCAGCAUCUGUGGAACACCGCAUCGCCGGCUGGAAGGAGCGGGCGGAGGCUGUUCGGCAGUGGCUCGCAGAGGUGGUGCCGGUCGCAAAGUCUGCAGCGCAGAUCGUGUCAGCCGCCGAGUUCAUCAAGGCCUGCCAGGUGCCCGAGCCCGCCCACACUUACGGCGCUUGCCUCCGGGCGGUGGCAAAGCAGGUGAUCUCGCUGGAGGGCCAGGCCGAGAAUGUUGCCAGAGGGGCGUCCUCGCCGCGCGAAGGCGACCUGACGCAGCAACUGCAACGGCUCAAGUCGACCUUGAAGGCCCUUGGCGAGCUGCGGACCACCUUCCCUGACCUCCCGGAUGUCCGGAGCUCGCCGAACGCGGCCAAAGGGAGGAGGCGGCUAUACGGCAGGGAGGAAGAGGAGGAGGACGAUGCAGAGGCAAAGCCCGGCAGUGGCAAUGGAUCGAGGAGGCCUUCCACUAACGGCCCUCCGCCUCUGCCGCUCUCCGCAGCUGCGGAGGGUGGUGACGAGGAGACGGACACUCCGCGGGAGGCCUGGGCUUCAAGAGAUCCUGGAACGCGUGGUAAGACGGACCACCUUCCGGCUUCUAUCCAGGUCAACCGACUGCGCCUGCGAGUGGCCGAGCAGGGUGAUCCCGCCAACCCACUAGUGCUGCUCAUCCAUGGCUGGCCAGAAUGCUGGUUCUCGUGGCGCUGGCAACUUCCCGCACUAGCGAAGGCGGGGUAUUAUGCGGUGGCGCCGGACAUGCCGGGCUAUGGCGGUUCAGACUCUCCCAAAGAGGUCGCCCGCUAUGACUCCAAACAGAUUGGCCAGGACAUGCUGGCACUUCUAGAGGCUUUGGGCAAGCCCUGCUAUGCCCUGGUUGGCCAUGACUGGGGUGCCCUUCACGUAUGGCUCCUGGGCAGUAUGCAUCCGGAAGCCUUUCCCCGGCUUUGUGCCAUGAGCGUGCCGCCGAACCUCCUCCUGUCCAAGCGACCUCCGGUAGCGAACCUUACUUCCAUGCACGGUGACUACUUCAACUACAUUGCCUAUCACAAUGAGUACAAGCGCUACGGAGAAACCUGGCCGGUCGACGAUCCCACUGCCGUCUCGGGUCCCGCAGAUCAAGAAUACGACUCCGAUCCGGAAAACUUCUUGCUUCGCUGCUACCUGUCUGGGGCUUGGGGAACAUCCCAGGUGAAGGCCAUCCCCUUCGAGGCCGGCCGUAACAAGGAUCCGAAGCGUGCCAGCGGUGGAUUCCUGGAUCGGCUUCCGCAGCCGCGCCCUGGGGCACCUCUGCCCUCAUGGCUUCCUCGUCCGGCCCUUGAUCGCUUCGUCGACGAGUUCCGCAAGUCGGGAUUUCGUGGAGGGGUCAACUACUAUCGCUGCCUAGAUCGGAGCUGGACACAAGCGCAGGAGUCUUUGAAGAAAACCGGGAGAAAGGUCCUGCAACCCCUGCUGUUUAUCGCGGGGGAACUGGAUAUGGUCAUCGAAACGAACGGUGGUAUGGAAGGUUCGACGGCUGCGCUUCGACGGGCAUGUGCCGACCUGCGCGGGGUCGUGUACAUUCCGGACUGCGGCCACUGGAACACCCAGGAGAAGCCGCACGAGACCAAUGCCGCAUUGCUCGGGUUCUUGGCUGCGACGAAGGACUUGAGCCCAGGUGCGACGAGCCGGCUCUGA